AAUAUCUAUUCCUUCCAAAAAUAGCCUAACAAAAACAUAAACUAUUUUUGUAUGGGUUGCCCAAUUCUAGCAGGGAGACAAAGUCUGAAAAAAAACAACAGUGUUACUCAAAGAACAUAGAAGCAAAAAUAUUUACCAAUUGGAUUUGCUACCUAGACGAAUCUGUGCGUGUUUCUCAUUCAAAAAUGCCCAUUGUUACCGCAAAGUUUUUCGUCUUGUGGAUUUAGAGCAUGUAUAUCACAUGCUCUCUCAGUCUCUGCCGCGCAGUCUUCUCUCUCUCCAUCAGCAGCGCGCCGUCGCGUCCUUUAAAAACAGUCUAACUUAUUUCUGCAGCCAUGCAAAACUAAUGAAGGGCAGCUAAGCUAAAUUAUUAGCCAGAAGGGUAAAUCGUUAAACCUGGACACAGCUACAGACAUUUAGAGUGAAAAAAGUAAAGUAAAAAGGAGAGGGAGGCAAGAGAACAACUCGGGAAGAAUUAUUUUGCGCCAGGCUGUGCGGUGUAAAAUAGAUCAAUAACAUUUUUUUUUAAGGUUUGUUUUUGCAAUUGGCGGCAUCUUGGUUUCACAAUGCCUUCGAGCUACAGCCAGCGCUCAUUGACGGUUCUUACGUUCCUUGGGAUUCUCUCAGCGAUCAUGUCGGCUUUGUCCGUCAUCCUGAUUUUUCAGCUGCAGUCGAACCAGGCUGGAAUUAAGGAUGUUACCUCGCCCCCCUCGGGAAUCCCGGCCGAGAUCUCCGGGGUUCUCCUGCCUGUGGCCGCUGUCCUCACCGCCCUGUCCCUGACACUAAACCUCAGCUCGGUGAUGGUCUGUCUGCUGCACGGUUACUUUGCCACGGAGAUCUGCAGAGAAGGCGUCGAUUCUGACAGGGCAGACUGGUUCCUAUUGGACAGCAGAGCGAUCCGUCAUAUAGCCAUUGGCCUGUUUUGUCUGGGGGUCUUGCUUUACCUGACAGCUCUCUCCAUCUACAUGCUGAUGCUGUUCGAGAUCGAGACUGGCAUUGCCAGCGCCUGCAUCCUGUCCUCGGGGGUCUUAGUGCUGCUUAUUAUCAUGGUACAUUCCCUGCUGAAGGCAUCGCGCACGGCCAAGAACUACCGCUCGGAGCUCCCCAACACCAUGUUCCAGAACGACCACGGCAACUGCAACGCCACGCCAGCCACGGAGCCCAGUGGCGGCGUCAGGGAGACACAGAAGCCGCGGGCUCGUCCGGAAAUCCACCGCCAGUUCUCCUACCCACCCUGCAGCGACGACAAGCAGCUGCUGUACGCCUCCCCCUCCGGGAGCCACCUGACCUCCACCACGGGAAGCCACAGGGCCGACAGCAGUGCGCCACGGAUGCACAGGACACUGUCGGCAGAGUCGGGCUUGUUGCAGGGGCAGGCUCAGCCGUGGAACGGGAUCAACAGCGAGAUGAGGACUGUGCUGGCCAGGAAGUCUGGAGGCACUGGGAAAGACUCUACCCUGGUCUGAGCUUCUUAUUGGUUUCGAUUGAUUUGGGUUAACCUCAUUAAAUCCUGGACACCCCUACAGCUGUAGCCGGUGCGUUAUCUUCAAUAGAACUGCCCCGGACCCCAGGUGUAGCAUCAAUGUCCUCUAGAGUGCAGCUAGUGUAACAGGCAGUGUUGUGUGAUGCAUCGCUGUUAAGGAUCCCCUAUUAAAGGGGAAAAUCGCACAAAAAAAAUGUCAGGUCAGAAGUGCAAACUAUCUCAGUUAACACUGGCUACUACUGCAGGGGUUUCCAGAAUAACAAGAGGCUACAUAAGGACAAGGAUUUUUUCUUUUUUGAAGUUCAAGUCAGUAUUUAGAAAUGAUAAUGUAGAAAUGUUGACCAAAAAUAAAACGAGCCAAAAACUGAACGCUCUCACCCCCAUAAAAAAGUGAUUGCAGCCCGAAAACAA